UCACGUUGAUUUCGACGACCGAAUGCAGUAAUUCGGUCUAGUUUAUUGUAAAGCCAUGAGAUACGCACCCUUUUCCUCUUUUUUCUUUGGGUGACAGCCAAACAACAGCGGAAUUUCUCGUUUGACAGUUGGCAACGCAGAAUCGACCGCCGGCACGCUCACACGGCGCUGUGUUUUGAUACGAGUGGGCUGCUUGCUUCUUCUUCAUGUCUGCUGUCGAUUUUAAUUGUUUGUGAUCGUUUCGCCGAUCUCCAUUCCAUGCGAUAAUAGGAAUUUUUAUCGUCCAUCACAUCCAUCAUGUCUGUCCAAGCUCCAAAUCCAGAGGAGUGUCAGGGUCUUCAAUUCAAAAUAUUAUGUCGCCUUCGUGUCUUUUCUGGCCAACCUGGCCAAUUCACAAGUUCUGCCAAUUUAGUUGCUGCGGCGCCCAUGUAUGGGCUUAUUUUUGUUGGAACAUCUAAUGGUUUUCAAGUGUUGCUGUCUAGCAAAAUUGCUGGAAUUCAGGCUCCAAGAGGGGAAACAUUGGAAUAUCCUCACCGUGAAAUCCCCCUUGGCUGUGCUCCUUCGCAUUUGAGUGUCAGUUGUGACCAGACACAGUUGGCAGUUGCUUUUGUGAAAGAUGGUUGCCCAUGUGCUGCUGUUUAUGAUGUGCCAACAUUUUGCAGCAGAAAUGUUACAGUUUCCUUCAAUAUUCGUUUGGCUACUUCACCAGGAAGCAAAGUUCUGGACUUUCAGUUUAAUCCUGGGCUUCCUAAGUUUCUUGCUGCAUGCACCUCUGAUGGCGGUGUGGGAGUUUAUGAGAUGAAAGAUGGCACCAUUGUCAUCAGUACAUUGCCUCCAGCUAUGCAUUGCACAUGUUUGUGCUGGAGCCCCAAAGGAAAGCAGUUGGUCAUUGGCGACAGCAAAGGGAAUAUUUCGCAGUACAAGCCAGACUUGAAACUUGUCAAGAGCUAUCCGCCCCCACCUGAUAAGCCAGCCUCAGCCCUCGUCAAUUUACUGUGGAUUUCAAAUUAUCAAUUUGCUGCAGUUUAUGCUGAUACUGCGAACCCAUCAGAAAGACCCUGCAUUAUGAUAGUUAAUGUUCCGAAGGCCGGAAUAUCGUAUGUGAACUAUGAAGAUAUUUGUUAUAGUGCUGGUGAAUUGAGACCACCACAAUUUUAUAUGGUCUUCCAAGCUAAAUGGAACUUAAUGGUUGUAGCAUCAGCCAAUAGUAUGGAAGUGGGUGUUUUGGCUAUGGCACCAGAUGGUUUGUCUUGGCUGCAGUGGACUCAGGAAGAUGCGGCAAGAGCUGAGUUGCCUUUGACUCCCUCUAAACAGGAGACUUAUCCUGUCGGAUUAGCCCUGGACACUAGUUCUACUUAUCAACUGCCAUGGGGCGAAAACCAAACCCUACAUCCUAUGCCAAUGCUUCACAUUUUGUCAAAUGAUGGGGUCUUAUGCAUAUUCCAUGUAAUCAAUAUUUUGCCACAAGGCCCCUGUGUCUGUGAGCCUCCUCAACAGCUCCAAGACUUGAGUGGUCUAGAUCAGUUUGUUUCUGGACCACCAUCCCAGCCUCCCCAACAGGGUGCACCAGUGUCCCAGCCACCUCCACCUUCUGCAUCCCAACCUAGCUUGCAGCAGACCCAACUUUUUCAACCCCAAGUUUCUCAACCCACCCAAACUCCACAGCUUUCUUCUGGCUUAUUUCAACCAGCUCCUGCUCAAGUGUCUCAGGCUCCACAGCAAGUGCCAGUUUCUUCAAGUCCUCUCCAGCAAUUGUCAUCCAUGAACAACCAAUUGUUGCAGGGCUCUAAACCAACUGGCUUUGGCCUGGGAAUGGGAAGCCUUGGUUUGGGGUCUGGUCAGGCCUCAUCUCCAUUUGGAUUGUCUGGUUCAGCCACUUCAGCAGCAUCAACUGCUUUUAGUUUUUCCCAAGCACCUGCCAGUAUCGCCACAGGUGUGUCAUCCCCAAAGGCACAAGUGGGUGCUUUUACUACUGCAUCUUUUCAAUCAUCUCAACCAUCCACUCCACCACCAUCUUACUCUUCCCCAGCAAUGUCUACCCCUCAAUCUGUUUUGCCUGAGGCGACCCAGCGCCCUUCAACUGUUGUUCCUGUGCCUCCUGUUCAGAAUGUGAAGCCCACCUCUAAUGCAUCCCGUCCUAGAGAGCCCGAACCCACCAAAGGAGAUGUCUCUGAGGAUAAGACCGAAACAAUUGACCCGGCUGUGUACACUGAACUCAUCCAUAAAGAGAUUAGAGUAUUUAAUAAUGAUUUGAGCAAGUUAAAAAAAUUAGUCAAUGAAGAACUGCCUCCUAUUGGUUCUGAUGAGGAAAAGAAACAAAUCAUCAAAAUGUCACAAGAGCUAGAGAGUGUUAUUGUGGAGUUAUCAAAAAGUGUUGAAGAUCUGAGGCAUGAUGUCAAUGAGGUUAAAGCUGUAGGAUCAGAGGCUAUAUUGUGGGCAGAGGAUGCCAAGUCUCGCUUGCAGCAAUUUAAUAAACCAAGUUAUUUGCAGUUGGUUAAAGCUCAAGAAUUGGACCCUGUGAGUGCUAGGACAUUGUUCAACAUUCAGCAGAUAUUUGAUUAUGUUGAAAUGCAACUGGACAACAUAAAUAAAUCACUUAGUUUUGAAUGGGGUCAGCACCAGGAAACCAGAUCACCUAGAAAUCGAAUGUUUGUGCCUACAAUGGAUGAAGUUUAUCAGGCAAUGGUGAAACAGAAUGGUGUAUUGAGUAGAUUGAAAAUAACUAUGGAGGAUGUGACUCGGAGAAUUGCAGCUCGCAAGCUUCGAAAUUCCAACAGAAUCCCAUUGAUUAAUGACUCUGCCCUAGCAAGACAUCCUAGUUCUAGAAGCUUUCAAGAAAAUGACAGUGCCAUGAGUUUUAAAUCUGAUAUUGAUCUAUCAAGUUUGGCUGAUAAUCUAUUGGAGUCCCAGUUGAAAUCUGAUGAUUCUGAUCUGGAGGCUCUAGCAGCCAGAGCGCUCAACCUAAAUACAAAGAAAUUACCUGCCACCUUCUCCUCCCAAAAACCUCUCAGUGCCAAAAAGGAGGAUAAAUUACGUGAAAUUCUUCUUCAGAUCCCUAUGGCCCGUAUCAAAGUUGACCGCACUCCAUCAGAUAUGGGAUCCACUGGGAAUAGACCAAGUGUCAGUUUCUCAUCAUCUGUGGUGUCUUUGUCACCAAGAAAACCAAUAUCCAAAGCUGACAAAGUUCCUUCAAGCUUUGUUCCUGCGAGUUCUGCCCCUUCGCUAAUAACUGCCCCAUCUGUCACCUCCAUUCCACCAACCCUCUCAUCAUCCACUGGCAAAACUACUUCGCAACCAGCAGCUCCCUUUGCUUCCUCUGGGACAAGCCUGUUUGCUGAAAGUCCAAAGACUCCAUCAUUUUCUGCACCUUCAAGUUUCAUUACCUCAACUCCCCAGACUGCUGGUCAAAACAGGGCAGCUCCUGUGGGAACAUCAAAACCUGCAACAUCAAGCCUUGCUCCUGGCGCUGGCACCGCUGGCCCCAGUGGGAAGCCGAGCGCCACUGUUUCCGCUCAACCUCCAGCAGUUUCAACUGUCUCAACUGGCGGGUUGAUGUCUUCUAGUUUCAAGUUUGCCGUGCCUUCUACUGGCCCCUCCAGUGUGCCAACCUCAAAGGAUGGCGGCCUGAACCUUGCCAAAACGGAAGGGAACGCUGUGAGCAAACCCGCUGCGCCGGUUGCUGCCUUUGGCCAAGCAGCGACUAGUGCAAGUCCGGCGACCCCUUUUGCCGCUGCCGCUCCGUCCAUCACAGCUGGAUCCGCAGCGCCCAAGCCCAUCUCCUUCUCCACACCAGUCAAGGGCACUGACUCCCUGUCUGCCCUGAGCGACUUGGUGAACAAAGCGGGUCCCGCCACGUCCACCCCGAAAGCCUUUGGCUUCGACGCCAAGCCGGCCUCCCAGUCCACGGCGUUCUCGUUCGGCUCUGCGGCCAAGCCAGCCGCUGCCGCCCCCGCCGCCCCCAAGGCCGGGGACAGUCCGGCGUCGGCUGCCACGACUCCAGUGUCCACCUCCACCUCCAGCCCCGUCAUUGUGGUGGCGGGCUUGCCGUCGGCCAGCGCCUCCAAGCCGGGGCUGCUGCCCACCCCCAGCACCACCGCGACGAGCUUCUUCGGGGGUGCCCUCACCAUCACGCCAGUCAGUGCACCGGUCUCGUCCGCGCCCUCGUCGGCGGCCCCGGCCUCUGUGCCCUCGAGCAGUGCGUCGUCCGCUGCCGCCGACUCCACCACGUCCUUCUUCGGAGGCAUGGGGCUGGGAGGCACGCCGACGGCCACCAACAAACCCGCUGCUGCCAUCUUCGGCGGCGCGGGCGCCACCUUCCAGCCCAAGACCACCUCCCUCUUCGGCGGCCUCGCGUCGCCGGCCAGCACGCCCGCCAGCACUGCGCCUCUGUUCGGAUCCGCCACCGCCACCUCAGCUACUUCCAGCGCGUCUGCCUUCGGCUUCGGCUCCCUGACGCCGCCAUCCUCUGCUGCUGUAGGCACUGCGGCCACUCCAACGAGUGCGUCCGCCAGCACAGCGGCGCCAUCGAGCACCCCGUCGACUCCGACCGCCACUCAGCCGGCCAGCUCCACGGCGGCGACCAGCGCGGCUCCGGCGGCGGCGCCCUUGUUCGCGGCGCCCGCGACCCCCAGCACCGCGGCGUCGCUGUUCGGCCAGCCCGCCGCCACGACCCCUGCAUUCGGGCAGUCGCUCUUCGGGUCGCCGGCGACGUCCACCCCAGCCAGGUCCAUCUUUGGGGCCGCCGCGGUGGCCAGCACCGCCAGCAGCUCCGGCGGGUCGCUGUUCGGGGGCACGACUGCAGCCAGCAGCACGUCCUCCAUCUUCGGCGGCGCGGCAGCGGGCGGCUCUGGCUUCUCGUUCGCCCUGCCAUCCAUCUCCAGCACGGCCGCCGAGACGGCCACCACCACGGCGGCCACGCCCGCCACCCCCAAGCCCUUCAGCUUCGCCCUGCCGGCCUCCACCGCGUCGGCGGCGCCGUCAGCCUUUGGCGGCGGCAGCGGCGGCUCGCUGUUCGGACAGGCGGCCACGGCCACGACGCAGGCGUCCUUCUUUGGCCAGGCCAUCUGCAGCCCCACUGCCUCGACGGCGUCCUCGGGCGGCGGCAUCUUUGGCGGGGGAAGCGCGGCCGUGUCCAGUGCGGGCUUCGCCACCGCCACCACGCCGUCGCAGCCCCUGUUCGGGCAGAGCGCAGCAGGCGCCGCCCCCUCGGCCUUCGGCGCCAAGCCCUCCUUCGGCCAGUCUGGGGGCUCUCUGUUUGGCCAAAGCUCUGGGUUCGGCUCCCCGCAGUCCGGCUCCGUCUUCGGUGGCGGCUCCUCCAGCAGCAGCAGCAUAUUCGGAGGCGGUGCUGCGUCACCGGCGGGAGGAAACCUAUUCCAGCAAGCAGGAGCCACUGGAGGCAGUGUAUUUGGGCAAUCUCCUGCAUCCCCGUCUACUGGCUCCUUCUCUGGUGGCAUGGGUGGCACCAUAGAGCAAACUGGUUUUGGUACGGCAUCUUCCUUCCAGAAUAGAUCGAGUGGUGGCUUUGGAGGCUUCCAAACCACUUCUCCCAGUGCCUUUGGUGCCGCACCAGCGUUUGGUUCUGCUCCAGCAUUUGGAAGUGCCCCUGCCUUCGGGGGUGCCCCUGCCUUCGGAAGUCCCACCAGAGCCUUUGGUAGCCCCACACCAGCCCCAGCAUUUGGGUCAACAUCCCCCACCCAAACAAACUCGACAUUUGAAGCUUUAGCAACUCAAGACUCAGGACCCACCUUUGGAAACUUGGCUCAAGGUGGAGCUCAGAGUCCCCAAGCAACCAGUCUGUUUGGCGGAAGUGCUCAGCAAGCAACUCCAUUUAGUAACACAGGCUCCUCCUUUGGGGGCAGCUCAUUUUCAAGUUGGCGAUAGACUGCAAGAAAUGUCUGAUUUUAUAUUUAAGUAGCCAAUUAAUUAGCUAUCUUUGGUCGUAAAAGAGACAAAACUAUUUUUUAAAAAAUAAACUUAGUACUAUCAACAAAUUUA